AUGCCAUUGAAAGGAGUUUUUAUGGCUUACGUUUCCCUCCAGGAGGGGGCCUGCCCACCGUGCAGGGCCACAAAGGCAAGCACCCAGUUUGUAAGGAAGGACGGAGGAACUACCACAGAUUGGACGAAACUAAGAAGAGCAGUCAGCGCAGACACCUGGGUUUCCAACUGGCUAUGCCCAGGGGCUCUGGGAAGGAGGCGCCUGUCUGCCUGGGACUCUACCUCCUGUCGUCCUCUCCUCUGUUUGCUGCCCAGGAUGGCCAGCUGCUUGGUACCCACAUUGCUGCUGCUACUGCUUCUAGGGUCGCCGAGCUCCGUCGCACCGAACCGAUGCGUGGACGCGGCCGACGCGUGCACUGCGGACGCGCGGUGCCACCGGCUGCGCACCGCGUACGUGGCGCAGUGCCUGGGUCGGGCCGUGCCGGGGGGCUGCCCCCGCGCCCGCUGCCGCCGCGCCCUGCGCCGCUUCUUCGCCCGCGGGCCCCCCGCGCUCACCCACGCGCUGCUCUUCUGCCCGUGCGGUGGCCCCGCGUGCGCCGAGCGUCGGCGCCAGACCUUCGUGCCCUCCUGCGCCUUCUCGGAGCCGGGCCCGGCGCCGCCCUCCUGCCUCGCGCCUUUGGACGCCUGCGAGCACAGCCGGCUCUGCAGGCCCCGCCUCCUGGCCUUCCAGGCCUCCUGCGCGCCCGAGCCCGGCAACCCAGACGGCUGCCUGCGAGACCAGGCCCCCGGCUGCCUGCGCGCCUACGCCGGCCUCGUGGGCACCGCCAUCACACCCAACUACGUGGACAACGCCAGCGCGCGCGUGGCGCCCUGGUGCGACUGCGGAGCCAGCGGAAACCGGCGUGAGGAGUGCGAAGUCUUCCGGGGGCUCUUUACCAGGAACCGCUGCUUGGAUAGCGCCAUACAGGCCUUUGACGGUGGGUGGCCCUCAAUCCUACACAACCAGCUGGACCCCCACCAGGACCCUGAGCACACCCUCGGGCAGGUGUCCUGUGCAGAUGCGCCCCUGGAGGGGAGCUCCCUGCUCAAUGUGCUCCCUGUUCUGGUUCUCCGGCCCCUGCUCUGACUAGGACAGCAGACCUUGGACAACAGCCAACUGUCCCACCCUGCCUGGGAUACUGGGCCUCAUCGAUGACCUACUGCCCCACUGAAAAAGGACUGGCUUACCUCCUAAGCUGGCCCCAGCGCUCUUGCCCUACUGCCCUUUGCAGAUCUCUACACUUUUAUCAUGCUCUAAGGAGUACAUCUGAACAGACUUGUAGGCAAAACUCCCUCUCAUACUCCAGCCGUUUAUGGCAUCCUCCCAGUUAGGCACCACCAUGAUGAUAGCCACCUGAACCCCAUAACUAAUGUUGGCAAAAUGCUUCCUGUCCAUGAUAUGCUGCUUGUUGGACACCACCUAGAGUGAGAACCCAGUUCCCUACGUCGCACUAGCCACAUGGCCAUCUUCCCCAUGGUUCAACCUAGCACUAGGAAUGGCAUCCAUAACUCAAUAAAUCCACGUGCACUGAG